GGCGGUGUGGGCUAGGGAUGCUCUGAUUGGUGGAGACGCGCAGAGAGGCUGAGAGGCUGUCAGUUGGGCAGGAUGUCGGCGAGGAGGCGCAUCGGAGACCCUGAGCUUUUGACCAAAAGGAUCCCACAGAAUCCUAAAUACCAGCAUGUAAAAACUCGCCUUGACACAGGUAGCAGUAUGACCAAAUACACUGAAAAACUUGAAGAGAUCAAGAAAAACUACAGGUACAAGAAAGAUGAACUCUUCAAAAGAUUGAAAGUUACCACUUUUGCCCAGCUGGUGAUCCAGGUUGCUUCUCUCUCAGAUGAAAACUCGGAAGUGCCACCUGAGGAACCCCAAAAGCUAGAUGAAGGUGAUGCCACUCCCGCCGAAAAUAAUGUGGACGCUGAAGCAGAGACCAACGGCAAAAGCAGCCCUGGUGAGAAACCAGCCAGUCCCAUCCUCUUCAUCAACAACACCGGUGCGGGGGAAUCCUAUCGCUCCACCUUACAGAGUGUGAUCAGCGGUGUAGGUGAGCUGGACCUGGGGAAAGAUUCCCCAAAGAAGACUGAGGCGUUUGCAAAAGAUGGGCCUUACCCUGACUGCCCCUUCCUGCUGCUGGACGUGCGAGAGCGGGAUGCCUAUGACCAGUGUCACAUAGUGGGAGCAUACUCCUACCCCAUUGCCACACUCUCCAGGACCAUGAAUCCCUAUACGAAUGACGUUUUGGAAUACAAAAAUGCUCAUGGAAAGAUCAUCAUCCUCUACGACGAUGACGAGAGAGUGGCCAGCCAGGCGGCCACCACCAUGUGCGAAAGGGGCUUUGAGAACUUAUUCAUGCUCUCUGGAGGUCUCAGGGUCAUUGCCCAGAAGGUCCCCGAAGGCCUGGUGACGGGCUCCUUCCCUGCCUCCUGCUUGGUGGCUGCCCAGUCGGGGAGCGCCCGCCGAAGGAACACCCCCAGGCAGCCCCCGCCCCCUCCGGCUGAGAACAAGUGGAGGUUUACGGCCGAGGAUCUACAGAAGAUACAGUACUAUCUAGAAGAAGAGAAGCUUCCCACAGACACUGCCAGCCGUCUCAGCCGCGGCUCUUCCGCUCGAGAUGCCAAGGCCACCACUGUCCGGAGCAGCCAGAACCUGCCCACCUCUGCCUCCGCCGCCAACUCGGCCGUGGCGCUCUCCGCCCGCUCCCUCAGCAGCUGCAACCUGCAGAGCAAGCCCUGGAGAUAGCCGGUGUCUUUUACCCCCUGCUGAAUAAAAGAGAGCCCCCUCCCUGGGGCCCUUUGAUCACUA